AUACUGUCUACAGUUGUGAUUGCAUGAGUCUGGCAAACCGGUAUCUCGCGGUCUGUAGGCGACCUCUCGUGACCAAACCUGGUAAAACAGUCCGUUCUGAUAUAGACUAUAAGAAUCUUUUAGGAAAACCCCUACAAGAAAAGUGGGAGGGACCUUUCCAAGUGUUGCUGACUACCUUCACCGCGGUUCGGAUCAAGGAGCGACCUACGUGGAUCCAUUACUCACGAGUCAAGAAAGCUCCGGAGAAUAAACAAGAGGAGCAGACAUCAUGAUCCUGACUCCACCUCAGAUCUUUACAACCCUGAUCAUUGGACUAAUGAUAAGUAUAGUUCUUCCCCAAGGCUCUGUCUCAAUAGACCCAUGGUCUAAUGCACACCAGUGUAUCCACCCGGAGUUGGAAACGGGACCGAAGGGGCCCUACUUUGAGGUUUAUGCCUUACGUAACAAUCAGCCAUACGCGAGUAAAGUAUGGGAUCAGCCCUCCAUGGUAGCGUACGAGGGAGACCAAAUCCAAAUUGGGUGUCGAGAGCUUGACCCAGUAGAAGGAAAAACUAGGCGGCUAGUAUUAACAAUUCAACCCUUGAUGGCAGCCUCUGAACACAACCUAAUCACCUUUAGUCCACUGAAAAUGGGGAAACCCACUGUCUGGAUUCAGCAGAAGGGCCCAAUUUCAUGUCAGUGGAGUGACUUCAGGGAAGAUCCACCCGGAUCACAACCCCGAAAUUCAGUAAUUUAUAGAGAAGAUCCGCUUGGGGAACUACAUCCUCAAAACAUAACCCUUGACUUACACCCUCUUCUCUUCUCUGCGGGAAAGAUUGUAGCAUCUAAUGGUCCUGAGGAAGGGAAAGCACAGUGUGAGAUGGCAUUUAGAUUGGAUCAGUCGAUGACGUUCACAUGUGAAAGGGAGCUGAAAGCCCUGGAAAUGGGUUUUGGCUUCCCUAAGCGUGCUGUCGCAUAUAAGGUAGCAUUACCGGAAGACGUGAUUCCAUUGUAUCCAGAUCUAGACUUGCCCCAAGAAACCACUCCACCGGUGGUAUGUAAAGUAGUACAUAACCUAACCUUGAUAGGGCCUCAGGUGAUAAGAAAAUCUAAUGAACAAAAAUUAUUGUUAGACCCCACUUAUUCCCUGAAAAAGGUGCAGAUGAACUUCCACACCGAUAUUACGUAUUUGCAGAAGGAUUGCCAACCGUUUAUACAGCAAAGCCUUAAGGGAUGGAAUGCAUGGGGGAAUCUGAGCCAGCCCCGCGGGUCCCACCCCACCCAGCGCCGCGGGUCUCGCCCCGCCCGGCACUGCGGGCCCUGCCCUGCCCAGCCCUGCGGGCAGCGCCGGUCCCUGCGGCACCGCCUCCCGGGCCCGCGGGGCCGUCCCAACCAGCCCCACGGGUGUGGCCGCCUCCCUGGCCAGUCCCGCCUGCGGCUCCAGCUGUUUCAGCGACUGCACCUCUUCCGUAACCCGGAGUACAUGUGGCUGCUGUCCCCUACCCGGCGGGGGAGGCACUCCCUCCAGCCUCGCCGCCCCCACUGGCCCGCCGGGCGGCCUCGCCGCCUUCCGCCGGACCGGUCCCAGUUCAAGAUGAUGCUGAAAACGACGCCGAGCCCGCGGAACUGUCAUCAGAGCCGCCCGCGGUCCCGCCGCCCCCAGCGGAAGGUGGCGCGGCACCUGCACCCAGGCGGGCGGAGGCGCGACCAGUGCAGCCCCCCGCAGGAGGCGGUGGGACCCGCGGCCCCAGCGCGGAGACUGGCGCAUGUCACAGCCCGCCUUGGCCCUGCCGCCGCCCGCCGCUGGCCGCCGCCACGUCUCGGCUCCCGGCCCCCUUCAUGCUCGGCGGACGACAUGCCCGUUUUGUAG